GCUCGGCCGUCCUUUCCCCAUCAGGUCCCCGGGGUGGCAGAGUGCGUCCGGCAGCUCCUGUAUUUUUCCUUCCCCCUCGACGCCACCAUGACCAAAUUCGGCAACCUGAGCAUGGACUCCGGCGUGCAGGCCCUGGACGAGUAUCUGGGUGACAGGAGCUACGUGGAAGGAUACUCUCCAAGCCAGGCCGACGUGGCAAUCUUUGAAGGUCUCGGGAAGGCACCCAAGCCACAGUUCAACCAUGCCCGCCGCUGGUACUCACACAUUUCCUCCUUUGGCGAGGCCCGAGCCAAGUUCCCCGGAGCCACGACCUCAACGCCCGUCAAGUCGGAGCCGAAGCCGGAGCAGAACGACGAUGAUGAUGAUGAAGUGGACCUGUUUGGCUCAGACGACGAUGAGGAGGAGGACGCUGAGGCCGCCCGCGUCAGGGAGGAGCGUCUGGCCAGCUAUGCCGCCAAGAAGGCCGCCAAGCCCGGCCCCAUCGCCAGGUCCCAGAUCCUGCUGGACUGCAAGCCUUGGGACGACGAGACCGACAUGAAAGGCAUGGAGGACCUGGUACGCAGCAUCUCCAUGGACGGCUUGGUCUGGGGCGCUAGCAAACUCAACCCCCUCGCCUUCGGUAUCAUGAAACUGAGCAUCCUGUGCACGGUGGAGGACGCCAAGGUCUCCGUGGACGACCUGACGGAGAAGAUCAUGGAGUUUGAGGACCUUGUACAGAGUGUGGACGUGGCGGCCUUCAACAAGGUGUGAGGCUCGACCCUUCAUGCCCGCUGCUUCCUCCUCCUCGCCCCCAGCUUGUUGCCGUAACACUUGUUGCCAGAAAACUCUUCCAUAGUUUUAAAGGAAGAUGCAAACCUUUUUACUAAAGUGAAGAAAAGUU